AUGGAGUCAAAAGCAGACAUCGAUAAACUCGUAGAAAAUUUAUCGUUUCAAAUUGUGACCGCACCAUGUACUGAAACAAUAGUAGAUAAUGUACCUAAAAAUACACAUACAAAUGGGACUCCAGUAAAUGUUAAAAUAAAAUAUCGACAUCGAAAUGAGGCGAGAAGAGGUGUCAUAUCUGUACCUAAAUUGGAAUAUUCUAAAACAAUUGAUAAACUACGACGGGUAAACAGCGACCAAACGUUAAUGUCGUUUAAUUUAAUAGUGGAUACAGAAGCAAAAAAACCAACGAAAAAAUCACAAAAGAAAGUUUUUCAAAUAUUUAAGCCAGGUAUUUGCUUAAGUGCACAAAGCGAUGAUGAUGAUUAUCCUUAUAAUAUUACGAAAUCAUUCGAAGAUAUAAAAGAUACGAAUAGUUCAAAUCGACUGAAAUUACAAAACGAAAAUACAACUUUUGGACUUAAAAAGAAUAAUUCUAUAAAUCAACAGCUUAAUGAAACAUUUCAAUCUCCUAAAGCAUUUUUAGGAAAAUGUAAACCAGGAGGUUGCCUCGAUCCACCCUUUGGUGAAGAAAAAUACGCAUAUAAGCCCGCUUUUAUUGAAAGACACGAUGAAAACAAUAAGAAAUUCCAAGAUGAGACUCUAAAAACAUUAGAUGAUAACUCUAUGUCUAUUCACAAUGAGGAUAUGAAAACCAAAUUGCGAUCGGAAUGUCAUCUAAACCGAUUUGGUGAUAAAGAUGUAUAUGACGAUACUCUUAUAACAUACCCAUCGAAUUUAACAUGCAAUGACUCAGAAGUUAGGAAAACGAGUGAAGAUAGAUCGAAAAAGAAAACGGAAGAAUAUAACAAAUUAUCAGUUGGGACAAAUUCUUACUUAUUAUCCUAUUACAAACCGAUAAAAAGUAAAGAAGUGAGUAUUUCUAGUACAGAAGACAUUUCUAAAAUACCUGAAAUUGAAAAGGAAAUAUUACCACACUAUAAAAAUACCGCAUCGCCAUUUAGAGAUAGUAUUAUGAUCUUAGCGGGAAAGCCAGUAGAAUCAAUUCUACCAGAUAGAAGUCAUUUAUCUCCUAUAGAAAGUAAUUUGACUCGCCGUGAUAGUGAUGAAUUAAAUGAUAAAGAAUUCAGGUUUAAAAGCCAUGAUUUAAAAAUGACUGCUACAAAGAACUUUUCAAAAUCGGAUAUAAAUAAAGAGCUUAGUAAAGAAUUUACAGAUUUACUUGCAGCUGCACCGUCAACGGAUAAACCAGAUGAAUCUAUCCUGCCACAACUAAAUCAUGACUAUAAUGUUAAUAUUUUGAGGACCAAUAAUGUAGAAGAAAUCGACCAAAAUAAUAAGAGCUCAUACAAAGAAACUGUAAGUCCUGAAAUAAUGGAGGAUAAUACUACCGACAUACUAAAGGUGUCAUUAAGGGACAGCGACAAAUAUAUAGAACCUGCACUUGAGAAUGUUAUCGUGAUCGCUCCAGUGAAGAAGUCAUCACAAACGUCUAUUACUGCAAAUGCAUCUUCUGAGAAAGGUACUCUUGAUGCGAGUGAUGAAGUAAAGGCCUUAGAUUUAUUGCACUCUCACGCCAGCAAUACUCAUAAAUACCUCACGGAGCAUGUGGCAUUAUCAAUGUCCAAUCCUGAUAAUACCUUAAUAUAUGUUAAGAGUGAUAAAAAUCUGUUAAAAUUAACACGUCCCGAAGCCAAUUUUAAUGAACAGUCUAUAAAUGAGAAAUCAUUACUAUCGGCAUCUUUUGUCAAUAAUAAUUACAACGAAAGUGUUUUGCAAUUAGAAGAUAAGGCAGAGGAUACAAAUGUGCCAAAAUUACUACUAGUUACUGAACGCAACAAUAAUAACAUAAUAGAAAAGGGCAAUCUAUUACCACCAGAUAUGUACAUUCAUAAUGAUUACAAAGAUAAUGUUUUAAAAUUAGAUGAAACGGUUGAAAAUGAAAAGGUCUUAAAGCUGAAGCUUCCUGAAAGUAAUCAUGACACGAGAAUGAAAAACGAACAUUUAUUAUUAUCACAUGGCAAUGUUGAUAAUAAUGCCAAAAGCAAUGAUUCAAAAACAGAAAUUGUAAAAGAAGACGAAGAAAUGACGAAAGAAGAAAAAAAGGAGUCAAAAUCACAGAGGCUUAGUGAGAGUACCAGUAGUGAACAUAUUACGAUGGAGCAAAACGCAUAUUCAAAUAAUCACGUUGAUGAUGAAUGCCAACAAAAAUUAGAAAUAAAGAACGAAAAUAUAAUUUUUCCUUUCAGGUCACAGUCGCUACUCAAAGAAAAUGAUAGUGCAAAUAUUAUCAAGAAACUAACACCUCUAAGUGCAUACAUUAACAAUAAAACACAAGAAAAUUUUAAAUCCGGAGAAAAUAUGAAAGAUAAUGAAAGCAAUCAUAGUAAAACCAUAAAAACUGACUAUAUUGCCAGCAAUUACAUAGAAAAAGAGUCAUCGGACAGAGAUGUGAAUGAUAUUCACAAAAAUAAUAGUUUUGAAAACUCGGAAAAAGCAAAUACUCCGUUGGAUGCCAAUAUUAACAAUACGUGGACACAAGACCAUACAGUGUUAGAAGAUAUUCAAAACAACGGCGCUUUAACAGAACGUACUUUUGUUGAUUCUAGAGAUCAAAACAACAGUAUUAUGAACCUGGGAACGAAAACAAAAAAAACAAUAUUUUAUAGUAAAACAAACUCAAAAGAUAUUGAACUGUCUAAAAAUUCGGAAUUGCAUAAAGUUUCUAGUAAAAAUUCACAAAAAGAUCAGAUUUUUAUAUCAAGUAGCAGAGUAGAGAAACAAAAUGAUAUAAUUAAGAUUUUGCCAAAAGAAACAUCACGAAUGUCUAUCGCUAAUGCUGUUAUUGGCUUAGAAAAUGGAAAUCCGAUAAGAUCAAUAGAAAAUUAUGAAAUAAAUAAUGAUAUUGCAGAACUAAAAGAGCCAUUGAACAAAAUUGAAUCCCCAAACAAACAGCGUGAAAAAGAUUCUUUAACAAGGGAAAAUAGUAAUUUUAAACAAGAGUUAGAUGAUAAGACAACCAACCUACUACUUUCAUUUGAUUUGGUAAAACCAAGUGUGGUACAGCAAAUAGAUGAAAAUAAAAUCAAUGAAGAAGAGACAAAAAACGAGUUGGAAUUAAUUAAAAAUAUUGUGACUAAAAUAAUUUCUGAAAUUGUUUCUAGUAAAGAAGACAGCAUUCCUGAUACUAUAUCGACCGCAGAGUCAAAAGACGACGGUAUUAUUUCUUUGUCUUCACGCAUGUUUAAAACCAAUUUAGAAACUUUUCUAAAGGAAGAAAAACAAACAGUUACAACAAAGGCAAGAAUGGAUGGACAUGGAGACCUUUCAAUCUUUGAUAAAACGUCUGUAAAUUAUCCCAGCUUCGAUAUCAAUAGCCAAGAAAAGAUAGAAGACAUUAUACUUUCAGAAAACAAUAUAAGAUAUAAUGUGGAUCAAAUAAAUAACGAGACAAAUCAAACGCACGGAGAAACGCCACCUCAUCAAGUCUUAAAGUACUCGGUACUAAAGAUAAAUAAAGAAGAAAGCUUAGAGUCUUCAUAUUUCGGAGAUAUCCCCCAGUCAAUGACUAAUCACGAAUUAAAAAUUGCAGAUGUGAAAAAACCGAGACAAAAAGUCUCAAAGACUCUACUCACGAACAAAAUCGUAAUAGAAAAGGAGAAGAAAGACGGUGAUUUUACUAAUUUUGAAACAUCCAACACAUGGAAUGAAGAGGAAAUCAUUAAAGAUCGCUUUCACAUAGAUUUUGCAUUACAGAUGUAUGUAAAUGAUGAAAAAAUAAGAGUUUUAAAGACUAUUGACCCUGAGGUCACGUCGAUAAGUAAUAAACGUGAUGCCGUAAUGUUAUUAAACUCUAAGCUACAAGCUAAUAAAGAUGAAAUAAAAAUUCCUGUAGAUCCAAGCACUGAUCUAGUGAUUUUUAUAAAGAAAAACUUAGUUCAUGGAAUUAAAGAUACACAUUAUAAAAACAGCGAAUGUUUACAAGAGUCAUCGAAAGACAGAAAAGAACCAAAAAAAUUAAGACUCAUUUCUUACGAGCUCAAAGAAACGAUUUCAAUGAUUUACGAACAGAACCUUGUUCCAGUCGAAAAUAUGCUCAAAGCUUUGAAGGAAGAUGUCGAUAUUUUAGUCCGUAAUCAAAUAUUGUUAAAAGAGACGUUGAGAAUUAGAACUCGGUCGGCCAGACUUGUACACGUGAAUAGAAGAUGCGCCUGUUAUCGGAAGUAA